CCAUCCCCUCAUCCACAUCCUUGAUAAAAAUAAAAAUACUAAACAGAGCUGGGCCCAGUACUGAGCCCUGGGGAACCCCACUGACCACCAGCUGGAUUUAAUUCUGUUCCCUCCUUUCUGGGCCCAGCCUUCCAGCCAUUCACUUUCAGCCCUGUUUUUCCUUUUCUUGUGUUGAAAUCAUUCCUAUUCUACGCAGGAGAUGGGAAGGAGGAAGAAGGCUUUUUUUCUGUGCUCUUCUAUCACUUAUUAGUGAUAGAGUGGCACAGAUCCCUGGGCAUGCUUCAGAAUUUGGGGGAAAUAGCUGAGGGCUUCUGCCAUGCACAGUAAACAACACUGAGUCAAUCUUGCUCCCCCUCAACAUGAAAUGUUUUUCAAAGGAUUUUUAAAAUAACUCUAACACGUAAAUAUAUGUGUCUUUGUAGAAAGCCGUAGUUUUUUACUGCUUUGGGGGCUUGCUCACAUCACAUUCCAUCAAUUCUGUUUACUGAAGCUGCAGCUUCCCACUGCCUGUGCCAUUCCUACUGUGCUGAGUGCCCCAAGGAAAUUUUCACACUUGCUGGUUCUUGGCUCUCAGGAGUUCUGUAUUUACAGGGUGAUGCUUCAGUGAUGCUGUGCCUGGGAGGGGUGCUCUGUGUGCCAUGCAGUGGCAGCGUUACCCCAGAGGCAAACCCAGAGCACACAGGCAGGGAAAAGGCAGGAGAGAAAACAGUGGUGGAAGCACAAGUAGGCUCUGAGCUCCCCAUGUUCACUGGCUGACAGCUUUUCUUUCAGGAAAAGGCCUUUUCCAAUAUUAUUCACAGAGUAGCGUGAAGGGAAUUUAAAUAUUUGUAUUAGAAUAAAUAUGAUUUUGUUCUGUGCUUUGCUGCAAGUUCAGUGAUGCUCCUUCAAAGACAGUGACUUCAACACAGGGAUCUGCUUUGGAAGGCAAUUGAAAUGUGUUUGCUUCUACAGGUCACUUCCCAAAUUUUGGAUCCAAUAUCCUUUAAAUCCACUUGCUCUUCAGUUUGCAUGUGUUGACUGUCUGUGUUCCAGGAGUGGGGUCAGUGGUGGGUGCUGCUCCUCUAAGCUCCUGGGGUCCUGCUGGGCCAACUGCUUUAACACUGCACUUUUCCCUCUGUGCCUGAAGUGUUUCUUCUUAAUAUCCCCUUUAAUUUGCAAAUUAAGGACUGUUCAUAUAUAUAUAAGCCUGAGCUUUCUUAUCAGAGACAAAAGAGUUAAAAUAUGGGAAUGAACUGAAUGGGAUGGCACUUAAGGUUUCCAUGGGCAGCAUGAGGCACCGAAGAAAUGGCAAUUUUGAGAGUUCCAGGCUGCUCUAUUCCAGCAUGUCUCGCAGCAUCGACGUGGCCUGCAGUGAUGCUGAUUUGGCCAACUUCAUCCAAGAAAACUUCAAGAAGAGAGAAUGUGUCUUUUUUACAAAAGACACCAAGUCCAUGGGUAACUUAUGUAAAUGUGGAUACCCUGAAAAUCAGCACAUAGAGGGCACCCAGGUUAACACCACUGAAAAAUGGAACUACAAGAAGCACACCAAGGAGUUUCCUACUGAUGCCUUCGGGGACAUUCAGUUUGAAAACCUGGGAAAAAAAGGAAAGUACAUCCGCCUGUCGUGUGACACAGACUCUGAGACACUCUACGACCUCAUGACCCAGCACUGGCACCUGAAGACCCCAAACCUCGUCAUCUCCGUCACCGGCGGCGCCAAGAACUUCGCGCUCAAGCCCCGCAUGCGCAAGAUAUUCAGCAGGCUGAUCUACAUCGCCCAGUCCAAGGGAGCCUGGAUUUUCACCGGGGGGACGCACUACGGGCUGAUGAAGUACAUUGGGGAGGUGGUCAGAGACAACACCAUCAGCCGCAGCUCCGAGGAGAACGUGGUGGCCAUUGGCAUCGCGGCCUGGGGCAUGAUCUCCAACCGGGAAACCCUCAUCCGCACGGCCGACAGCGACGGGAGCUACUUGGCCCGCUACAUUAUGGAUGACCUGAAGAGAGACCCCCUGUACUGCCUGGAUAACAACCACACCCAUCUCCUGCUGGUUGAUAAUGGCACCCACGGGCACCCCACCAUCGAGGCCAAAGUGAGGACCCAGCUGGAGAAGUACAUUUCAGAGCGGGUCAUCCCAGAAUCUAAUUACGGUGGGAAGAUCCCAAUUGUGUGUUUUGCCCAAGGUGGUGGGAAGGAGACUUUGAAAUCCAUCAACGUGGCCAUCAAGAGCAAGAUUCCCUGUGUGGUGGUGGAGGGCUCGGGGCGCAUUGCUGAUGUCAUUGCCAGCCUGGUGGAGGCUGAGGGCACUCUUGCUUCCUCCUGUGUCAAGGAGAGCUUGCUCAGGUUCCUGCCUCGCACCAUUUCCAGGCUCUCAGAAGAGGAGACUGAGAGCUGGAUCAAGUGGAUCAAAGAAGUCCUUGAGAGCCCUCAUUUACUGACAGUGAUCAAAAUAGAAGAAGCUGGGGAUGAAAUUGUGAGCAAUGCCAUUUCCUUUGCCCUGUACAAAGCUUUCAGCACCAACGAGCACGACAGGGACAACUGGAACGGGCAGCUGAAGCUGCUGCUGGAGUGGAACCAGCUGGACCUGGCCAGCGAUGAGAUCUUCACCAACGACCGGAACUGGGAGUCUGCUGACCUGCAGGAUGUGAUGUUCACAGCCCUGGUGAAAGACAGGCCCAAAUUUGUCCGGCUCUUCCUGGAGAACGGCUUGAAUCUGCGGAAGUUCCUGACCACAGAGGUCCUGAGGGAGCUGUACACCAACAACUUCAGCAGCCUGGUGUUCAAGAACCUGCAGAUUGCCAAGAACUCCUACAAUGAUGCCCUCCUCACCUUUGUUUGGAAGAUGGUGGAGGAUUUCCGGAGAGGUUUCAAAAGAUAUUACAAAACCAGCAAGGAUGAGAUGGAGAUACAGCUCUCAGAGGAAUGUCCUAUCACAAGGCACCCAUUGCAAGCUCUGUUUAUUUGGUCAGUUCUUCAGAACAAGAAGGAGUUGUCCAAAGUCAUUUGGGAGCAAACCAGAGGCUGCACUUUGGCAGCCCUGGGGGCCAGUAAGCUCCUGAAAAGCAUGGCCAAGGUGAAGAAUGAUAUAAAUGCUGCUGGCGAGUCUGAGGAACUGGCUAAUGAGUAUGAGACAAGAGCAGUAGAGCUGUUCACUGAGUGCUACAGCAACGAUGAAGACCUGGCUGAGCAGCUGCUGACUUAUUCCUGUGAAGCCUGGGGAGGGAGCAACUGCCUGGAGCUAGCAGUGGAGGCUAGAGACCAGCAGUUUAUUGCCCAGCCAGGUGUGCAGAAUUUCCUUUCCAAGCAGUGGUAUGGAGAGAUUUCAAGAGACACUAAGAACUGGAAGAUUAUACUGUGCCUAUUCUUUUUCCCUUUAAUAGGUUGUGGUUUCAUCUCAUUCAGGAAAAAGCCUGUGGAGAAGAGUAAGAAACUCUUCUUAUAUUAUGUGUCUUUCUUCACCUCCCCCUUUGUGGUCUUCUCCUGGAACGUCAUCUUCUACAUUGCUUUCCUGCUGCUCUUUGCCUACGUGCUGCUUAUGGAUUUCCAGAAGGAACCCACGGCCCUGGAGAUCAUCCUCUACGUGCUGGUCUUCAUUCUGCUUUGUGAUGAAGUGAGACAAUGGUACAUGAACGGCAGCAAGUAUUUCUCAGACCUGUGGAAUGUUAUGGAUACCCUUGCAAUCUUCUACUUCAUAGCAGGGAUUGUGUUCAGGUGUCACUCUGAUGAAAGCUCUUGGUAUUCCGGGAGGGUAAUUUUCUGUUUGGACUACAUAGUUUUCACCCUGAGGCUCAUCCAUAUUUUCACAGUUAGCAGGAAUCUAGGACCCAAAAUUAUUAUGCUGCAGAGGAUGAUGAUAGAUGUCUUCUUCUUCCUCUUCCUCUUUGCUGUGUGGAUGGUGGCCUUUGGUGUGGCCAGGCAAGGCAUCCUGAGGAAGAACGAGCACCGCUGGGAGUGGAUCUUCCGCUCGGUCAUCUACGAGCCCUACCUGGCCAUGUUUGGCCAGUACCCUGAUGAUAUUGAUGGUACCACCUACAACUUCGACCACUGCACCUUUUCUGGGAACGAGUCCAAGCCCUUGUGCGUGGAGCUGGAUGCCAACAACCAGCCCCGCUUCCCGGAGUGGAUCACCAUUCCCCUGGUGUGCAUUUACAUGCUCUCCACCAACAUCCUGCUGGUCAACCUGCUCGUGGCCAUGUUCGGCUACACUGUUGGGUCAGUGCAGGAGAACAAUGACCAGGUGUGGAAGUUCCAGCGUUUUUUCCUGGUGCAGGAAUACUGCAGUCGCCUGACCAUCCCCUUCCCCUUUGUCAUCUUUGCCUACAUAUUCAUGGUGCUGAGGAAAUGCUUCAAGUGCUGCUGCAACAAGGAAAGCAAAGAGCCAUCCAUUUGUUGCUCAAGAAAUGAGGACAAUGAAAUCCUGGCAUGGGAAGCUGUCAUGAAGGAAAAUUACCUCGUCAAAAUCAACACAAAAGCAAAUGAUUCAUCAGAAGAGAUGGUGCAUCGAUUUAGACAACUGGAUGCAAAGCUCUCUGACUUGAAAAGCCUUCUGAAAGAGAUUUCCAGUAAAAUUAAAUGAGUGCAGCUGAAAUCCAAGAGCAGCUACUGGAGCAGGUAGCCGGAUCUUGCUUAUUCCUUGCAUGGGCUGUCUGUCAGACUUGCUGGGGGCUGGAAUGCUGGCGUGCCAGAAUGGAUUGGAUUUCAGUAGCAUCACCCCGAGGAAAGCCUUUGGUCCAGCCCUGCAUCCCUAUUUCAGACUGUACAGGAACAUUGUGGACUUGUUCCCACUCUACCUGAAACCUUCCAGCAGAAGUUCAGCUAUUACAGCCCUGCACGGGAGAGACAUUAAUUCAUCCAAGAAGUGUUUGCAAAGGCUUUGUGGGCAGUCCUUGCUUGCUUUCAUUAGUGAAAAUUUGUAUCCUGGCAAUGAUGGAACUCAUUGGACUUUUCCAGAAUGCGUUUGCUGAUGUUUGCAUCUGGAAAUGGAGAAGAGAUUGUUGGAACCUUUAAAUAGAUCAAUGCUUGAUAUGGU